UUUUGUUUUUGAGUAACCUUGUUUCUCCUCUCUGUCUUCCAUCUUCGUCGUCUUUGGGAGAAGAAAGCCGCCUCUUUUAUCUGUGGGUUUCUUGGUAUAAUCGAGAUGAGUCGAGGAAGCGGAGCCGGCUACGAUCGCCACAUUACCAUCUUCUCUCCCGAAGGUCGCCUUUUCCAAGUCGAGUAUGCUUUCAAGGCGGUGAAAUCAGCUGGAAUAACCUCGAUCGCUGUUCGAGGGAAGGAUUCAGUCUGUGUAGUCACUCAGAAGAAAGUUCCGGACAAACUUUUGGAUCAGACUAGUGUUUCUCAUCUUUUUUCUAUUACAAAGUACCUUGGACUGUUAGCCACCGGCAUGACAGCUGAUGCUAGGUCAUUGGUUCAGCAAGCAAGAAACCAAGCUGCAGAGUUUCGAUUCAAAUAUGGAUAUGAAAUGCCUGUAGAUGUCUUAGCCAGAUGGAUUGCAGACAAGUCUCAAGUUUAUACUCAACAUGCUUACAUGAGACCUCUUGGAGUAGUUGCAAUGGUUAUUGGAAUUGAUGAUGAGAAUGGUCCCCAACUCUUCAAGUGUGAUCCUGCUGGUCAUUUUUAUGGUCAUAAGGCUACAAGUGCUGGAUUGAAAGAGCAGGAAGCUAUUAAUUUCCUUGAGAAGAAAAUGAAGAAUGAUCCUGCCUAUUCCUAUGAAGAAACCGUGCAGACGGCUAUUUCUGCACUGCAAUCCGUUCUACAGGAGGAUUUCAAGGCCACCGAGAUUGAGGUUGGAGUUGUGAGCAAAGAGAACCCUCUUUUUAGAGUACUAUCAACAGAUGAAAUCGACGAGCAGUUGGUUUCCAUCAGUGAACGAGACUGACCGUGACUUUCACCAUUCUCUUGUUUUCAGGUUUUUAUUUUAUCAAAACCCUAACCUAGAACACUUUUUUUUGAAGUGGAUUCUGUUUUAGUCGCCUUUUCUUUAACAUUUUCUUGGAAGUUGGUUGAGAUAUGCAAAAUUAUGAACAAUGCACGUUUGUAUUA